GAUAAGAUAAGAGGCUGCCUUUCAAUUAUCGUGAUUUGAUUGUGACAAUCAACGGACGAACGACGGUGCUAAAACAGUCAAUACUUUGUCUCGUAGAAUUAUAAAUCGAAGAUAAGUUAUUGGCUUUCCGUAGAGGUGAAUCGGAAGCAUGGGUUCCGGACGUUAUCUCUCGCUGCUGCUGACAGUGAUUUAUAUCUUCUGCUGCUACAGGACUAUCGGUGGACAGGAAGCAGAUGACCGAACGACGACGCUCUCGCCAGCCGAGGAAUAUAAACUGGCCCCUUACUGCUUCCGGUUUACCUGGAUUGGGCCCAAGUACAACAACAACAGCUUCUUCAGGAACAUGACCUGUGAUAAUCUGUCGAGGAAGACUCCCGGAGUUCCCUGCUUCCAACCGCUGGUCGUCACUAUGAACAGCAACGUUCCGGACACGAACUACAUGUGGGAUACCUAUAAAGCCAAACCGACUCAGAUUGCCUGCCGGCUUGUUCCGGGGGAGGUUUGUGCCCGAUUCACCUUCCGAUAUAAUGGAGCCAUCGAAAACAUCACGUAUAUGUGCGCCAAGAUGAACGUGGACAACGAAUCUUCCACGAGCACGGCCUGUUACAAGGAGGAUCGUUCCGGUCGGGAGAUUGAGGUUUGCGUCUGCGAAUCGGCCGCCGGAAGAGUUCCCUGCAAUCUGGGCCAGAAACUGGUGGGCCAUUCGGUACAACUGCUGACGAUUCUGGUCCUCGGUCAGUGGCUGCUGCUCAGUUUGGUUGGCGAAAAGUGAUUGUGUUACGACUUGUGACGUUUGGUUGAAGUGAUGUGAAGAGGCUGGAUUAGACAGAGGUGUCCUUAAACUGUAUUUGACCUCAUUUUAUUUGAAGUAUUUUCCAUUGUUAAUCGAAAAUGUGAUCAGCUUGCAAUAUAAAAGUUUUAUCUGUAUUUAUGGAGGUUGAAGGAUAUAAGAAAAGAUUAAUAAUCAAAAAAAAUUCCUAAAGAUAGGUACUUAUCUAUACAAAUACACGUAUU